UAUUCUGUCUUGACCUGUUUCUUUCACCCACAACACAACACAACACAACACAACACAAUCUCUGUCUGUUAAGUUACUCUCUUGUUCUGAAAUACUACAUUAUACUAAUACUCACAAGAGUGUUUGUUUAAUCUAUCUUGUUAUUUUGAAAAAUGGAUUUUGUGUUUUUUACUCCUAAACCCCACACUUUCAUUUUGAAACCACCCUCUUCUUCUUCUCUUCUAUUUCAUCCUAUCAAGAAGUUUCACUCUUUGCCUCCUCUCUUUGCUUCUUCUUCUUCUAAACAUGUCAAGAUUCAAUGCGAACUCAAUGGUUCUCUUUCUGCUGAUUUUGACGCUCGUUUUGUUGAUAGGCAAAAGGCACUGGAAGCAGCAAUGAAUGAUAUAAACAGCUCUUUCGGAAAAGGCAGUGUUACAAGAUUGGGCAGUGCUGGUGGAGCAUUAGUUGAAACUUUUCCCAGUGGAUGUUUGGCUUUAGACUUUGCUUUAGGUGGUGGUCUUCCAAAAGGAAGAAUUGUAGAGAUAUUUGGACCAGAAAGCAGUGGGAAGACCACCCUAGCACUUCACGCUAUUGCAGAAGUACAGAAAUUAGGAGGCAAUGCAAUGCUUGUUGAUGCAGAGCAUGCUUUUGAUCCAGCAUAUUCUAAAGCGGUAGGAGUGGAUGUAGAAAAUUUAAUCGUGUGCCAACCAGAUCAUGGAGAGAUGGCUCUUGAGAUCGCAGAUCGUAUGUGUAGAUCUGGCGCCAUAGAUCUUAUUUGCGUGGACUCCGUCUCAGCUCUCACUCCCCGAGCAGAAGUUGAAGGAGAGAUUGGAAUGCAACAAAUGGGAUUACAGGCUCGUCUUAUGAGCCAAGCUUUGCGUAAGAUGUCUGGAAAUGCCUCUAAAGCUGGUUGUACUCUUAUAUUUUUGAACCAAAUAAGAUAUAAGAUUGGUGUCUAUUAUGGAAAUCCAGAAGUGACAAGUGGUGGAAUUGCCUUGAAGUUUUUUGCAUCAGUUCGACUAGAAAUUCGUUCUAUAGGGAAGAUAAAGUCUGCCAAAGGAGAUGAAGAAGUUGGCCUUAAAGUUCGUGUAAGAGUGCAAAAGAGCAAGGUGUCAAGACCUUACAAAGUAGCCGAAUUCGAUAUUUCAUUUGGAGAGGGAGUCAAUAAGCUGGGUUGCAUUUUAGAUUGUGCAGAAAUGAUGAAUAUUGUCUUAAAGAAGGGCUCUUGGUACAGUUAUGGGGACCAUCGGUUAGGACAAGGAAGAGAGAAAACAUUGCAGUACUUGAAGGAGAACACACAUCUUCUAGAAGAAGUUGAAAAGGUCGUUCGGUCUUCAAUGAAUGAUGGAACUAACCAAACAACCUUCUCACAUACGAAGAAUAGUCCAAUGCUUCCUCAAGACGAAGAUAUAUUUGAAGAAAGUCUGUGACGAGGAAGUUGAUUUUUCUGAUAAGUUUGGGUGAUAGAUUGCAGGUUUAUAGAAUUGAAAAUAUUCUUUCUUCAACAUAAAUGGAACUGGAGGUAGCUUCAAUGAUUAGGUUGUUUUUCUUUUUCAUCCUGUUCCAUGAUAUAUGUUUAUGUAAACUGAUGACAUAUGAAGCAUAGAAACAAAAAGAAAGGUAAAAUUGAAAUUCAGAGUAUCUUUGACUCGACCAGUUUAAUGGUCGAAUCGGUGAUGCAAUCGGUUGAACAGGUGAUUAAAGUGAUGCCUUGGUCGGGUAGUCGGACUGGCAAGUCAUAUUAUAUUUUACAUCUUUUAUUUCCUUUUUA